AUGUCGGAGAAAACAACUUCCUCUUUUAUUAUGAAUGAUUUGAGCCCCUACAGUCCUAUAGACACUGUCGACACAACAACUUAUGACUGGAAACUGAGAGUAAGAGUGCAAUCAUUCUGGAAGAGCCUGAGCAGAGAGAAACAGGAAUUUUGGGGAGUUAACAUGCUACUAAUUGAUGACUCGAAUGGUAGAGUUCAUGCUUUUGCCAAUUCCAAAUACUGUGGUGACUUGCUGAAGGAGAUAAAAGAAGGAGAAAUUUAUGUUAUCUCCAAUUUUAAAGUAAAAGAUUAUUUGGGAGAUGAGAAAUACAGAGCUGUACGCAGCAAAAAACAUAUUUUUUUUACUCCUCACACACUCUUCAAGAAAGCCACAGAUGUUGGACUACCAAUUGAGUUGUAUGCUUUUGACUUAUUCCAUUAUGAUGCAAUUGAAAAGCUUGCAGACGACAAUCGGUUUUUAAUUGAUAUGGCUGGCAAGGUGAUAAAUGUGCAAGACCUAAUCAAAAUCAAAAAAAAUGAUGAAGAAAAAACUCUCUUCAAGUUUCAAAUCUCCAAUGGAAGCUCUACUGUGCACGUAACCUUUUUUGAUCAGUUUGGAGAAUUAGCGGAGAAGGAUUUUGGCAACGCGGACCGCAGGAAUCUUUAUGUUAUAAUAUCCUGUGCGAAAGUUGGUCGCUAUGAAGGUCUGCCACAUUUGUCCAACUACCCUGCCACAAGAGUUUAUAUCAAUCCUAAACACUAUUGCAUAAAUGAGUUGAAAAGAAGUAUUUCUGAGAAAAAAAAUGAACCUGUUGUGGUUGAGAUGGUUGAGAUACCAGAGGAGGAGGAGGUCGUUGUUGAAAUGCCAAGGAAAAUAUUCAAAGUUAAGGAUAUAAAAUCCUUGCCUAAAGAUUUCGAGAGGUUGUCUUUCUUUAAUUUUUUUUAUAUAAAUGGAAAAAAACUAUUUAAGCCGUAUUUACAAAUGCAGUGUUGUUUUUACAGGAUAGCAUCUUUUGUGAAGUCACGGUCAAAAGGAUUACUGAUAACAAAAAUUGGUACUUCAGGAAGUGUACAGGCUGUGACUUAGAACUGGAACUUGAGCAUGGAAAAUUCAUAUGUUCACGUCCUAAUGGUUGUGGUCGAAUAAUCCCAUACCCAGAUAAGAGGUUCCGGUUGUGCACUCUAUGCUCAGACGAAAGUGGUUCGGUUGCAAUUAUCUUCCCAGAUCACGAGAUUACAAAACUGAUUGAUAAAACAGUGAUUGACCUACAUGCUGAUUGUAGUGAUGAAGCCGAGGAGGAAAAAUUUCCAGAAAUUCUGAACAUGUUCCUCAAGCAGAAAUAUACCAUCAACCUUUCUAUCAACCUGGAAAAUGUUGAAAAAGGUUCGACUGUUUUCCAUGCAAAGGAAAUUCUGCAGGCACAGGAAAAAGGGGACAGCUUUGAUCCGAAUAGUGCAACUGUGGUUGAAAUCGGAGAUAUUUCCUUGGUCAAUGAAUCUGGGACGGAGCAAAAUGCAAAUGAAACUCCAAACACUGAGAAGUCAACCAACAUGAAAACGAGACCACGAAAUAUUUCCGAAUCUUUGGCUUUCAAUCCUACUGAUGCAUCCGUUUCUCCUCUGGUGAAGAAAAUUAAAGUGGAGAAGAUUUCUAAAUGAGAAUCUCGGUCAUCAAUGUUGCCAUCCAACAAGUUCAAUGAUGGUCAUCAUCUUUUGUGUUUAUUUCAGUUCAGCUCAUGUACUAGAACAAACUAAUUUGGUUACUAUCUGUACUUUUUAUUUUUAACUAUUAAGGUCUGUACUAUUGUGAACAUAUUUUUGUUGCUGUCACAACUACAGGGUUAUGU